GUGUGUGUCCUGGAAUGUGCUCCGUGUAGUCGCAGUGAAGAUGGAGUGUGUGAAUAAAGCGGGGCAUCUGAUGAGUCUCGCGGCUCUACAACAGCAUGAUCCCUAUAUAGUCAAACUGCUGGAUGUCACCGGGCAGGUCGCGCUCUAUACUUUCAACUCCAAAGCAAACGAAUGGGAGAAGACUGAGAUUGAAGGCACAUUAUUUGUUUACGCCAGGUCGGCGUCUCCCCAUCAUGGCUUCACAAUCAUGAAUCGUUUGAGUACAGAAAACUUAGUGGAGCCCAUUAAUAAAGACUUGGAGUUCCAGCUCCAGGACCCUUUCCUUCUGUACAGGAACGGCAACCUGGGCAUCUACAGUAUUUGGUUCUACGAUAAGGCCGACUGCCAGCGGAUCGCACAGCUCAUGCUACAGAUCGUGAAGCAGGAGGCGUUUCGAGCGCAGUGUGUGUCUCCCGACAGAGGCUCGAGUGGCAGGACCAACGGCCUGGUUCAGACCAAACCCACAGAUAUCCUGGAGCUGCUCAGCAAGGCCAAAGAGGAGUACCACAGGAGUCAGUCGACAGAGAGAGAGGUUGAGGUGAACUGUGAGUCUGUGCCGUCACAGGAGAAGAGAGACGAGAUCACAGCAGCUCAACAGGAGAAGUCGAGUCACUCAGUCGUGAAGCAGAUCACAGUGGAAGAGCUUUUCGGCAGCUCUUUCCCCAAAGACCCGUCCCAGUCCCAGUCCCAGUCCCCAGCGUACGGUCCUCCUCUCCUCUCCUGUGACCCGGGCGGCCCGGCGCUGGUCUCUCUGUUCCAGACCCGAGACUCGAGAACGAAUGCUUCACACACGCAGGAGACGGGGCGUCGAGGUUCGGCUGGUCCUCCAACUCCUGCGUAUAUGAGUCCUCUCACAGAGGCUCAUGGGAUAGCGGUUCCCCUGCCAGGGUUCAGGCCCGGCCCGCUGGUCACGCCACAGAGCUUCAGAGAGACCGGCUGCAAAGCUACAGGCUCUUUCCCAGGGAAGAGUCCAGCGCCGGCUCAGGCGAACACGUCCAGCAACGCCUUCAUGAGUAAAGAGGUGAACGCUUUUACACCGUCCCUGGCUCUGGUCAAACCCACUCCAGCGGGGCCAGUCGUCCAGGGGGAGGAGUCUUCUCUGCUACUGUCUCCUAGUGUAUUUCAGCAUUUCAUCACCAAGACCCCGGAUCCCCCCAGAAAGCCCCUGUCCCCGACGCCCCCCCCCACAGACCUUCCCCCGGCCCACUACAACCGCAACCAGCUGCAGGACACACUCAUACAUCUCAUCAAGAAUGACGCACAUUUCCUCAGUGCGAUCCACGAGGCGUACGUACAGAGCAUCUCUAAAGGCCUCAACAACAUCAAGCUAUAGCCACAGUCUCACACAUCACGAGCCGUCUCAGAUUCACUGAGCACACACACACACACGCAACAACCCAUCGACACUCCCAACAAGCGUGAUGUUCCUGCUGGAAUCCUGAUUUAUCCCCGUCGGCCAAUCAUUACUUCAAUUAUGUUCAGGGACUUGUGCAAUAAGAAGCAUUGGAAAAUUGCUUUUCAUUUACGGCGUAUGGAUAUGAUCCAGUAUCCCAGUCUCAGUGGUGUUUUACUGUUAAACCAGUAUGUUUGAGUGUUAUAUUGAAUUAUAUUUGGAUUUGAAGAGUAGGAUGUGCACUUAUUCCCUAUUUUCUCAUAAACUCACUUUUUGGGCCUAAAAAUC